UAAUUAUUAAUAAACAGAGAAGAAGGGUUUGAGUAUGCAAUGUAAUGAGAGCAUUUAAGAGAAAAAAAAUAGUCCCACAUCGAUUAUUUACGUAAAGAAUAAAGUGUUUAUAAGCUAAGUAAAACAAUCACAAGUUGUGUUCGUGAAAAGGAGAGAUGGUUGGCAUCUCCCCUGACAGGGAUGGGAACAGCUUUCGGGCUUUCCUGUUACACACCUCGGUUAAGGCUAUCCUUCCUCUGUAGAGGUUGGAUCUAUAACCCAAUUUUUUUUUCCUCACUGCUUCUCUCAUGUUUGUUCGUGUCUUCUUCAAAUCAUCUACACCAACCCUAACCAGAUUAAGAGUCUGCUUGGUUUGGCGCUUGGAGGCUCAAGCGCACGCCCAAUUUUGGUUUUGCCGUGGUUUCCUAGAAGCUACAGAACAGAGCUUCUGCGUAGACAUCGAAAACUACCUUGGUUUCAGGCUAAUGCAUGUCCAGUUGAUGCAUAACCAAACAUGUACUAAAAAAGAAAGACAGAAAUCUUGAAUGGACAUUUUUUUUUAAACAAUUAACCUCUCUCAUCCAGUACCUGAAUUCCUUUCCUUUUAAUGUGUGACAUUACCUAUUUGCUCAUUUUUGUUACUUUUUUCCUUUCCUUUUUGUAACUGAUUUAUGUGCUUGAUUUUCAACCUGCUUAUCAGAUGAUUGAAGAAUGACUUUAACAAAACGGUAUGUGCUGAGAUUGUUCAUAUCAAUAAAGUACAUCACUGCAAAUGUGAUAGAUCGAAACAGUGGGCGAAUAGUAGCAACAUCAUCCACCGUGGAACAUGACAUUAAGCAGUCCCUUGAGUGUGGCCGGUCCUGCAAUGCAAAAGCAGCUGCUGUUGUUGGGGAGGUAUUGGCAAGGCGGCUCAAAGUUGAGGGACUUAAUGAAGGAGAAGGAAGAGGUAUUCAUGUAAAUGUAACUAAGGAAGUAGAAAAGAAAGGGUUUAAGAGCCAAACCAAGAUUUGGGCUGUGGUAAAUGCUCUUAAGUACAAUGGAGUUAAGCUUGUCCUUGAUGAUGAAGAUGGUGGCAGUAAUCCUUGACCUCAUUCAUAAGAUAGGAAUGGUAUCUUGUGCUGAAAUAAUAAAAAUACUUAGAAAUAUGGAUUAGUAUAAUUUCUUAGAAGUAUCUUGAGUCAGAUGUAACCUGAAAGACCACUAAUUUAAUUAUUUCACACCAUGACCAUUGUAAUGUUAUACAGUACAUUGUUGAUAUUCUCAAAUUGAGAUAAAUUUUUUGGUUGGAGAGUGGAGAUGUUUUUA